GUUACAGUAGCAGCUCUUAUGCAGUAUUUCCUGAUGGCUGCUUUCUGUUGGAUGCUGGUUGAGGGAAUUUAUCUCUAUCUGUUUGUUGUAAAAGUUUAUAACAUCAACACCAAGAUGCACAUGUAUCACGUCAUGUCAUGGGGUUUGCCCCUAGUUAUGGUGGCCAUUUCAUUGUGUAUCGCUGCUGGGAAAGAAGGGAUAAAAAGCUAUACCAGUGACAAACUUUGUUGGAUGUCGUCAGAGAACAAUCUGAUUUGGAUAUUUGUCACAUUCGUGAUUACAAUUGAAGUGAUCAACUUGGUUAUACUCGUACGAGUCAUUAAGGAGAUGACCAGUAUGCAGCCAACAGGAGACAAGCAAAGUCAACAAAUACGAAUUGGCAUUAGAGCAUGCGUGGUGAUGAUUCCCCUUCUGGGUGUCACGUGGCUAUUUGGUCUUUUGUCGCCAUUACACAAAGCUUUUUCCUACAUUUUUAACAUCCUCAACUCUACACAGGGUUUCCUGAUUUUCGUUCUUCACUGUUUGCGAAACAGCCAGAUUCGAGAGCGAUUCAAAAGAAAGGUGAACACCAUUGUCCCAUCUACAAACAGUGGAAACUCCACAAAGAAGAGCUCACAGAUUAAUCCAAGCGAUGUUGGUGAUAUGUGGGUAGCUGAAUUGCAGUCUUGCAAUGAAUUUGAGCUCAAUGAAAAACCCUCAACAUGAAAGAAUAGAUUCGACAGACCGAGUUCAAAAGUGGACUGUCUCAUUGUUUGAUACGAUCAUUCUGAGUACGGUAGUUAAUCUAUAGCGAUUGUUUGUUUUCGAUCUGUUAUGAAAAUGUCGGUAGCUGCGAUUGCACCUUUAGCUGGGUAAAUAAAUCGUUUAUAAGAUGUUCGUCACUACUGAUAUCUGGAUCAAGGAAUCUAAUUCGAUGAUAAGGCAACUUGCCAAAGUCGGUAGCCUCUAACGGUUUUUUUUUUUUAAGUUAAGUGCUAGAAAUGUAAAUUUUUAAAACUAAAAGUAUGUAAUUUUUGGACUAUCGUAUCAAUAUGGGAAACUUCGCCUUAACUGCGAGCUAAAUGUUUCGUGAGUAGCUAGCUUAGAGGCUGGCUGUCGAUCAAGGUUAGAAUUAUUUACAGUCUGUCCUUCACAUAUUAGUGUAUCCGUUCCUCUUAUGACUGCCCCAAACUAUUUAGUUGUAAAGUGGCGGCAAUUUAUAUGAUGCAUCAUGUCGAGGCUGAUUAUGUCUUCAAACAGUGCUCUGUUUAACUUUGAUUGUGAUACACACUUUAUUGUCUCGUCUUUGAAUUCUAUUAUGCAAUUUUUUUUACUAAUAUUGCAUGAUGGUGUCACAUUUUUCUAAUUUUUGAGGAGUUAAACUCCCUGUUAAAUACCAAAUACUAUUUGCUUUUGUAAUAAUAGUAGUUACAGCUGACUGUUAAACGUUAUCAUGAAUAAAUGAAUGGAUAGGUAAACAGAUGAAAUAAUUACAAAAAAUAAAACCACCAAAGGGA